GUUUCUCUAAAUUUUAGGGAAUCUAUUUAUUAGAAAUCUUGAUUGACAAAUCAAAUGGUUUCUACAAAAACAAAAAACUAAAAACUAAAACUUGAUUGAAUGAAAAAUGGUAUUUGCAAAAACAAAAACCAAAAACUAAAUAAAAACCACCAACAAUCAACCUAGAUCUGGCUUCUCCUCUUCAUCGAGAAGGUGAAACCCUCUACUCGGACGUUAUAAUGCCGUUUAAUACGGUGAUGGAAGUGGAGCCUCCGAGUCUGAUACGGUACUUGAUCGGAUCGGCGGUGAUGAUGAUCGGCGUGGUAUUGCCGGUUGGUUACAUGAUGUUCCGCAACAAGCGAGUCCCCUCCUCCUCCUCUUACUCUAAACAGACGUAGGCUAUAAAUGGAAGGUGUGAUCUUUUUGCUAGUCAAGUCACUCUCUGGACUUUUAUCAUCCUCAACGGUUGGUACGCAUAUAAUCUGAUACUUGUGUCUAUAUUUCAGAAACAAAGUUUUGAUAUAGAGAGAGAGAUCCAGAGACUGCGGUUGAGUUCAACUGGAUUGUGAAAGAUGCUGCCAUAUUGAUUUGAUAUGGACGAUUGUAAAAUUACAUCGAUUGUAAGAGAUCCUUAGAUAUGAGAUUCAUUAACCAAGAAAUGUUACUACUUUCUUCGUUAAUCUUCUUGUUUUGUUUCUUGGUUAGCUAUUCCAAAGUCUAUUAUGUAACACAACCUCUUCUAUCUAGUGGUAAGAUAAUAAGUUUCGUUCA